UUUUUUAAUUUUGUAUGACAAAACGUUAUACUUUUUAAUAGUAGAUAAGCUUAUGUUAACGGAUCAUCUAAGAAAUCUAUUUGGGAAAAAAAGCAAAAUACAGGAAGAUAAAUAUAAGAUAAUAAUUCAAUGAUUAUCGACAAAGUAAAGUUUUCUAUCAUCUAAUUAUUUUGAUACAACUACAAAGUUUUAAACUGUUUAAGCCUUAAUAUUUCUGCUGAGCUAGCGACUAAAUUCUGAACCAAUAAGAGAGGUGAAUUCGCAUGCAUAAGGAAAAAAGGACCAUGUUCCUCAAAGGACAAACAAUACUGCAUCAUACUGUUGGCAGCCUUUUAAUGAUUUUGUUGCCUACCAAAUGCAAGUAAGACCCACAUAAAUAUAUUAAUUACUUUGUUGAUGUCAUUACCGUCCGUCUAAUAGCUACUUAGAAAUACACCACUAAGAAGCAAAUUACCCAUCAAAAAGAAAAAUGUUAUUAGAGAAGUUAGCCACAGGUUAUUAAUUAAAGUUAAGUACGUUCUAAAAAUACAAACAUCAUUUCCUGUUUUUUAUGUUUGUUUACGUUUAUGUUAUGUUAUGUGGGAUAUUGUUGACAAUACACCUUUCCCGAAUUUAUUUUCUUUGAUGUGCUCCAGCUCUUUCUCAACUUUUUUAAAGAAAAAGAAUAUAAUUUUCGAAAUCCUCACAUAAAAAUUGAUAAAUCGUGAAAUUUUCAUAUUCAUACAUCAAACAAACAACCUGCUACAACAGUUUUUUUUAAUUUUGUACUAAUUAACCUUUGCUCGAAGACCAGGCUUAUUAGUACAAGUCGAAAAUUAAGAAGGCUUUGACCGUAACAAUGAUGCCACCAAAAGAACACUUUCCAAUGUCGGAUUAAGUUGAACAUUUAUACAUUAACCAAUUUACUGAUGCUGAAAAUGAUGUUAAGGUCAAACAAUAAAGUUCCAAAAUUUAAAAAAAAACAUGUAAUUCGGGAAACGUGUAUUUUAGAUUAUCUGGAAUUUUUGCUUACUCUUUCUACUGUGUAUUUCAUCUUUGCUUGAAUAAAAUCCAAUGUCAAAUAAGGAUUGGAGAACAGCAAAAAAUUAGAUGGAAUGAUAAGUUAGGUUGCAUCAUACAUGGAUCCUGUGAAAAACAUCGUUUAUUUUAAUUACCUUAAAGAUAAUUAAUCUCUUAAUAAUUGGAUGUAAUUCUGUUCUAUUUAAGGUAACAUUGAACACGUGAGGAAAGAAAAAAUACGAUCACAAUAUUUGGUUAGUAAGACGUCAUCAAAGCAAACAUAGAAAUUCAAUUCUUACCAUACAGAGUAAAGCACUCAUAUAUUAUCUAACAGUGAAGCAGAAAUGAUAAGCCAGAAGAGAUGCCAGCAUUUUAGAGAGCACAUUAGUCAUAAUGAUAAGUAUUUAUUCCUUAUACUAUAUUUAAUAUCAAAGAUGCUACGAAGAAAUAUAUAUUCACAAAAAUAUAUUAUAUUCAUAUUAUAUAUAAGUUGUUUUUUUUAGAUUAUUACUUUUUAACCAUUUGGAAUCAACCGUGAGUUGCUUUGUUAGAAUAUCGUCAAACAAAGAUAAUAACGUUGUGACGUAUGUUUGCAAAAAAAAGAACGUGACAUCAUCUGUUUAAACAACAUAAAACGGGAGGCGCUAGACGUCAUAGUGCAAAUGUAUUUAUGGCGUUUCUUGAUGAAGACACGCAUGCGUAAGUAAGCGAAGGGAGGUACUUCAAUCUUUUUUGUCAAUGCACAGUUUAUUUCCUUCAGGUUUCGUAAAGGAUCGGCUUUUUUACUAUAAGGAACGCCUGUGUUAACCCUAUCGAGAGAUCAUGACAUUUCAAAAAAAAUCAAAGCCUUAAUUGCUCUUAAGUUCCUGUCUAUUUUCUUGUUAUCUUAAUUUGUUUAAAAUUUUUCUAAUGUAACGUUUCAACUGAAACUCUAUCCAUUGAUAUUUGUGCAUGUACUAAUUUUUUUAUAGCUAACAACAUGCAGAAUGUUCAAGCCUUUGUUUUUAAAUACUUUAUUGUUCCAAUUGCUCUUUAUUGAGGUCACAUACAUUUUUGUUACUAUUAGAGGAAGGAUUGUUUAGACCACCAGCUCUCCUCCACCACCUGGUUUUUUAAAGUCCCUGAAAAGCCCGGCCAAGAUAGGGUUAAAUCUAGUUGCUAAAGUACUUAUGUUUUUAGUGUAGCUAAUCAUUCUUUGUCCAGUCAACCAUAAAAAUAACAGUAACUUUGCUCCAAACAAAUCUUAUUUUAGGAACAUCUUUCCGCAAAAAGGCGGAGCUUCUGUAAUUGUAAACUAUAUGCUAAACAAAGAGAUAUAACACAUGUGAAUAUAAAGGCUAAAAUGGCGGAAUCCUUAAACAAAACAAUGACCUAUUUAGUUUUGUUUAUUCACACUAAGUUCAAAUAAUAUUUGCAUAUAAUAAUAUAACAUAACAUUAUUAUAUCUGUUCGUAGGAAUUUUAGAAUCAACACACAUUUUCGUUUCCUUAAGCUAACACUGUCACUUGGAUUGAUACUUUCAGAGUAACAAAACAAAACAGAAUAACAUAAUGCACAUAAUCUUCGCACUGGUGCUGAUCCAUGUUGGCCAUACUUAUGCAAACGCGAUAAAAACAUCAGUAAAUUCUGUAGAAGAUCCAUUGGAACCCAGAGGCGCAUGUGGAAUGUCAGGGUAUAUCCUAGACGCACCUAUUCCAGAAGUCAUGAACAGAAAGAGAAGACGCAGGUAUAGAAGGGCUGCGGAAGUAGAUUCUUACAGACUAUGGCCAGAAGGAAAGAUACCCUACCUUAUUAGCAACAAAUACUCGAAUGCAGGUAAGAGAUUGAUAAAGAAAGCAAUGCAACAUUGGCAAAAUGAGACCUGCGUAUCAUUUGUUAAAAGAACUACAGAAGAAGACUAUAUUUACAUAGUAAAAGGGUCAGGUUGCUGCAGUUUUGUUGGUCGUCGUAGAGGACAACAAGCUUUAUCUCUUGGUUCAGGAUGUUUACGAUUUGGCAUUAUCACGCACGAGUUAGGACAUGCUGUUGGCUUUUGGCACGAGCAGAAUCGACCAGAUCGGUCCAUUUAUGUCGAUGUUAUAUAUGAUAAUGUUGAGAGACAGAGGGAGUUAAACUUUGCUCUAAAAUCAAGAAAAGAAAUUACUACUUUUGAUCAGAUAUACGAUUACAAAUCCAUUAUGCAUUACGGUUCUAAUUUUUUCAACAAAAAUGGUGGCGAUACUAUACGCCAAAAACCAGGCAGUACUUUUACCAUGCAAAACUAUGGAAAUGUCAAUAAUAACGAAAUUGGAAAGUCGUACUACAAACUAAAGGGACCUGUACUCAGUCGACAGGACAUCAUAGAAACUAAUCUACUGUACAAAUGCAGUAAACUUUCUGAAUGUGGUGGCACAUUAUUUGCUAAUAGUGGUUCGUUUACAUCUCCAAAUUUUCCACAUGAAUAUCCUCAAAAUACAGAAAAGGAUUGCAUUUGGAUAAUCACACGAACUAAAGGAGCAAAAGAGGGGAAACACUAUACAUCAUUAUCGUUGAUCUUUAAUAAAUUUAACGUUGGAAGUCCAGUAGAUGAACAAACAGGUUUAUGUGAAGACGAUUAUGUCGAAAUUAGAGAGGGGAAAGGUUUCCUUUCUCCUUAUAUAGUUCGAUAUUGCGGAAACAUAUCUCCAGCUCCAGUUACUGCAUUGUCCGGCAGCCUAUAUGUUAGAUUUCAUGUGUCUGGGAAGAAUGCAAACGAAGCCAAGUCAAGUUUAACUGGAUUUGCCGCCAGUUUUAAAACAGAUGUGUGCUCGCAUCGUAUUACAAAAUUCAAGACAAAAAUCCAAACGCCACAAUUUCCUAUUGGUUACCAGCCCGAGAAAGAUUGCUUAUGGGUAAUUGAGGCCCAUCGAGGUUAUAAAAUCAAAGUAGAUUUUCUUUUCUUCUCUUUACGUGAGUUGGACGAGCAAGAAGGUUGUCUCGAUUAUAUCGAAAUUCAUGAGGGUGACGGAAGCACUGAAAAGUUUUUGGGAAGGUAUUGCGGCAGUAAUAAUCCAGGAACAGUCAUAUCAAAUGUAAGAAGGAUGAAAAUUCAUUUUCAUGCGUCCAAAGAAAGAGACCUUGGCUGGUAUAUGGGUUUUCAAGCAGAAGUAGAUGUGAUAGAUAUCGACGAAUGCAAACUUGAAAAUCACGGUUGCAGCCAAGCAUGUAAAAACUUGCCAGGUGGAUACCAAUGUGAUUGCCAUUCUGGAUAUAGGAGGGUGUAUCAACAAAGUUCUAGAGCUGUUUCUUGCUUAGAUAAAGAUGAAUGUAGUUAUAAUAAUGGUGGAUGUUCUCAUAACUGUGUCAACACUGAUGGUAGUUACACGUGCACUUGUCCAGAAGGUCACAUGCUAACAGCAAAUAAUACAUGCAUUGAUGUAAAUGAAUGCGCCUUUCAAAGAAAACCUUGUUCUCACAUUUGCGAGAAUACUAAUGGUGGAUAUUUAUGCUCGUGCAGACCUGGAUAUAUUUUAAAAAGCGAUGAGAGGACAUGCCUGAAGCUACCAAACUGCGAAGGAAAAUUCAUUUCACCAGUUGGUGUCAUUACCUCCCCUCUUAUAUCGCCCUCAUACAAACACCAGCUACAAUGUCUAUGGCACAUCACAGUUCCGGAACAUCUCCAACUAUCUCUCAAUAUUGAUCUUCCCUGGCUUGGCAAUUUUGACUGCAAUAAUUAUCUUUUGAUUCAUGAUGACGAGAGAAAACGAAAACAUAGCAUUGAUUCGCAAAAGAUCUGCUUACAAUCUGACGCAAAUAGUGCCAUUAUAAUGGAUACCAACACAGCUGUGAUCGAAUAUAUUGGGAAGGUUCCCUUUCAACCACAAUUCAACAUUCAGUAUCACAGUAUUGCUCCGGUAAAAAAGCAAUGCGGUGGAGAGUAUAACGUGACUCAUGGUCGAUUACACACACCAGGCUUCCCAUACCAGUACCCUGAAAUGCAAGACUGUGUAUGGAAUAUAUAUUCACCAAAUCACAAAAAAAUUAAACUAAGAUUUGGGCAUUUUCACUUAGAAGCGCACGAAGCAUGCGAAUAUGAUUAUGUUGAAAUUGAAGAACACUUUCUAAAUAUGUUGGCAGUUAAAAAAAUAGGACGUUUCUGUGGAGAUGUAAAACCCCCAACUCUGCACAUUGACGGCAGCACUUCGUUUAUUACGUUGAAAUUUCACUCCGAUGCCACUAUGAAUAAAAAAGGUUUUAAAGUUAUUAUUAAGGAAAUGGACUAAUGAGUUUUCGUUGAGUGAAGGUCAUGCAAAUUUGUUGGAAAUGCAUUCAUAGAACUCUAUAGAAAUAUGUUUUAUGCUUUUGCUUUGACAGCAGGUCAAACAUUUGAGAUUGCAUCAAAUCUCGUUUGUAAAAGAAAGCAUCGGCAUUAUGUAUAAGCAAUAACAAUUCUAUCGCCUUUUUCCUAUAUUUUAGCUUAAGGACCGUUUUUGUAAUAGCUGCAGGCCGUUGAGUUGCUGAACGGUCUCAUAUUAUACUGUUAAGAGUCCUCAACCGAUACUUGAUACCUAGAAGGAGAAAAAUAAGGUUGACUGCUGAGUUUUAAAGAUACAUGUAGCUAUAGUGUAAUAAAUAUUGGAAUUCAUUUUUUAUUUCGUUUUAUUUUAUACAUUUUUUAUUUUAAUUCAUGUAAAUAUAUCGUUUAUAUUAAAAAAAUUAUUUAUUAUUUUGGAAAAACAUUGUUAUAUUAGCGAAGCAACAUUUAGUAUUUUAAUUUUUUGGCGAACUGAGUUUUUACACGUUUUGAAUUCCAUGAAGUAAAAUCUUUUAUUUUCAACAAUUAGUCUCAUGAUCAAGUGAGAAUUAUCCACUUGCAAAAGCGUUUUCACAGUAAAUAUGAUAACAGUCCACAUUAGCUAUAUUCCACGUAGAAAUAUGUCAAUAAACACUCUCUAUCUCAUCUGUUCUAUUUCUGUAUGCAUAGUUUGCCUGGAACAAAUUAGUUUUGUAGACGUAUGGAAGGUUCAAAAUUAGUUCUUUCCAUGAUUAUGUCUGAAUUGUUUUAUGCAAGAGUCAAAAAAGUUUAGGAAAAGGUAUUUUGGAGUAUUAAGUCUUAUGUUGGGUAUGUAGCUAUUACUAUGUAAAAGAAAUUCCUUCUGUCACUUUAACAUUUUUUUUGAGAAUUAACUACCAAAUUCAAAAUGAAGUUAAAAUUCAUCCCCUUUAAAGUAAAUAUCCGCAAUUCUUUCAGUAUCUAUUUUCUACAAUAGUAGAUCAACAUUUUGUAUAUCUUUCAAUUGCCUUCUCAACAACCAUUGAAUAGUGAAAUAUAUAUUUAUAUAAUGCAUGUGAAGGUAUUUUUGUAAAUAUGUUUUGUUGUUGUUUUUGUUUUUCAUAAAAACGAGGAACACGACUAUAUUUUAUACUUCA